AGGUUGAAGUAAUGGAAUGCAAAUAAAAAUCAAUUCUUUGCAGACAGAGAUGGCAAAAUUCUCACUUGAAGAUGGAGAAGGGUCAAGCUUUCCAAGGCCAAAAAGACAAAGACCCUCUUCUCCUUCUUCUCGUCCUCCUGAUUUUACCAUGGAAGAAAUUGUUCGCGAGGAUGAAGAAUCUGAAGAAGAUGAGGAAGAGGACGAUGUGGACACAAGUGAUGGAAGUGAAGAAGAAGAAGAUGAGGAGGAGGAGGAGGAGCAGGUGGAAGAAAUAGUUAGACCACAGCCACAACCACCACCACCACCACCGCAACAACAAGACCCAUCCCCACCGCGGCCGCAAGAAAAUAAUCAGAUAACAACUGUGGGACUACGGCCACCACAGCACAGAUUGUUUGAGGCUUCAGUCUUUCUAGGACAUACUCUUGUGGGGCCAAGCAGAAAUGGGGCUAUUUAUGCAACUUUAUCAGACCCAGAAGUUCUUGAUUGUCCCAUCUGCUGUGAAUCCUUGACCAUUCCUGUUUUUCAGUGUGAGAAUGGACAUACAGCUUGCUCUUCAUGCUGCAGAAAACUUCAACACAAGUGUCCUUCUUGCGCUAUGCCUAUUGGCUAUAACCGCUGUCGUGCCAUUGAGAAAGUUCUUGAAUCACUGAAAGUAUCAUGCUCCAAUAGGAGUUAUGGGUGCAGAGAAAGCAUUUGUUACAGUAAGAAAUACGAACAUGAUAAGAGUUGCGCCCAUGCUCCAUGUACAUGCCCCCUGCCAGCUUGCAACUACCAGGGCUCAUCUAAGCAUUUGUACCUGCAUUGUAGGAGUAAACAUUUAUGUGACUUGACAUCUUUCCAAUUUAAUACCAGCUUCCCUCUUUUCUUUAUGGUUGAUCACAAAUUCCUUGUUCUUCAAGAAGAGAAAGAAGGUGUUUUAUUCAUUCUGACUAAUAGAUCAGAGUGUCUUGGAAAUGUGAUCACUGUUAGUUGUAUGGGGCCUUCUUCAUCAAAGCAAGGAUACUUUUAUGAACUCACAGCAAAAGCGGUGGGAAGCAAUGUCAGAUUCCAAUCUUCCACUAGAAAUAUCCAAACCAGAGUUGAUCACCCUCCAUCACUGGGGUUCCUUCUAGUCCCAAAUGAUUUCCUUGGUACCCAUGGGGGGAUCACCUUGGAUGUCUGCAUAUGGCGUCUUGACUCAUAUCCUUCUGUAAGCUCUGCACUGGGCAGCUCUAUGCAAUGUAAGUGAAUAAAAAAGAACCAAAUUGCAACUUGUGAGUGGCCCUUUCGAAAUUGUAAAAGCAGAUGUGACUAGCCUGCUUCGUAGUUUCUUUAUCCUCGUUUAAUUUCUGAUUGAAUCUUUUUAUUAUGAUGAUAUUACUACAAUGAUAUUCAUUUUCUACCCAUUGGUUUA